AUGGCUAGUCAAAUGGACAUAAUAGUGGGCAAUCUUACCUUGUUCAGAUGCAACAACAGUCUAGACAUCAAUAGGGGCACGAAUGAUCACUAUUUUCGUGACUAUAAGAACUACACUGAAUGUAGUGGCUUCAGCAUUUACUACAAGUAUCCGACAACAUGGAGGGAAGGCUACUCGGAUGCACCAGAGGGAGAUAUUCCUAAUAACUGUUCACUUAUUCAAUUGCCAAUCAAAUGGAGGUCACAACAGUUAACUCAAAAUAGUAGCUUGUUUGAUCUCUUAACCGCGAAUUUUACAAUUCAGUGGAGCCUCUCUGAUGAUUGUAGUAAGUGUUACAAUCAAGGAGGUCGAUGUUUAACUGACAGCAACAACAAUUUUCUUUGUUCCUCCAAUCCCAAAGUGAAGAGAAAGUCAAAACGAAUUCUAGCUGCAGCCACAGCUUCUUCUAUUGGUGGAGUCGUAAUUCUGGUUAUCCUACUCCUGUACUUACAAACAAAAUGCUCCCUUAAUUCCAUGAUUUUCUGGAAGAAAAAAGGAGAGGAUUACAGAAAUGUAAAGGACUUCCUUAAGAACUGUGGAUCACUUGCUCCAAGAAAUUACAGUUAUCCUGAAGUCAAAAAGAUGACCGAGUAUUUCAAAAAUAAACUUGGUCAAGGAGGCUAUGGUUGUGUGUACAAGGGAAAGUUGCAUAACGGUACUCUUGUGGCAGUCAAGGUUUUGAAGGAAUCGAAGGGCGGGGGAGAAGAGUUUAUCAACGAGGUGGCAAGUAUCAGCAGGACUUCUCACAUUAAUAUUGUAUCACUUGUGGGAUUUUGUUUUGAGGGUCAAAACAAAGCUCUAAUCUAUGAUUUCAUGCCCAAUGGAUCCCUUGAGAAGUUCAUUUACGACGCAAAAUCAGGGACGAAUCGUCAACUAGGAUGGCAAACAUUAUACAAUAUUACACUUGGCAUUGCUAGAGGAUUGGAGUAUUUGCAUCGCGGUUGCAAUACUCCAAUCCUGCACUUCGAUAUAAAGCCUCACAACAUUCUUCUGGAUGAAGACUUUUGUCCAAAAAUUUCUGAAUUUGGCCUUGCAAAACUAUGUAACAAGAAGGAAAGCAUUGUAUCUUUAUUGGGGGCAAGAGGGACUAUUGGAUACAUCGCGCCAGAAAUUGUGUGUAAAAACAUUGGAGGAGUUUCUCACAAGUCAGAUGUGUACAGCUACGGUAUGAUGGUCCUCGAGAUGGUUGGAGGAAGGAAAAAUGUUGAUGUUGCUGUUGAUCGUACAAGUGAAAUAUACUUUCCACACUGGAUUUACAGAAAAAUUGAACAAAAGGAAGAGCUUGGAUUAACUGACAUUGCGAAGGAGGAGGACAACAAACUUGCAGAAAAGAUGAUACUGGUAAGCCUGUGGUGUAUCCAAACCGUUCCGGCCAGCCGACCAUCGAUCAGUAUGGUUAUAGAGAUGUUACAAGGUGAAGUCGGAUCAUUGCAAAUGCCUCCUAAGCCUUUUUUGUAUUCUCCUUCAAGGUCAGACAGAGACAUGUCUACUAGUACUACUUAUACGGUUUAGGAAUGGACCGGUUUAUGUUUGAUUUUGAUCUCCUAAGCCCUACUUGUGUUAACUUGUAUAAUCUGCUAAUGUCUAACAUGGUUCAGGAUGAGGGGGCUCGGAUUAGUCACUACUCGGUACCUAGAACCCAAAGAAAAUAGUUGACACAGUGAAAUAACAAGAAAAUUUACUAGGUGUGAACACCACAAAAUUCACAGAGUGGAUUAAGUGUCUUGGCUAUCUGUUUUCCGCUCUCUUGUUAAUCACUGGAAACGAUACUCAUACCCUACCGGCGGAUCGGAUCCAGAGUAUAAAGACUGGCUUCACCGGAACUCAUUAAUUUUAAAUUUUGAAUCCGAGCCCUAAAUAUACGUUCUCUAAAGGCUGAAUACAUAGGCGGUUCCCUAAACUUGCCAACUGAAAUAGCCAUUAUUCAAACCCACCUAUCCUCAGACAACCCACUAUUCAGACCCGCCAUCAUUCAGGACUGGACCGUGGGUUUGAAGAUGAAGAUCUAGGAGGAGAUCAGGCUCUUUCGCCAUCAUUGUUCGAUGGUAACUCUAAGAGCAAGAUGAUCGGCCGUCAACUUUCCCGUGGCAAAGGGGGUGGUACGGUGGAGAUGGUGGCGUUGGAGAGGAAGAAAAAAAAUGAAAAAUGAAAAGAUUAUUUUCUCACAUGUUCAAAAGUGGUGUAUUUGCGCACACUGUGCAUGUGAGCGUGCCUAAUUGGGCUCCCCAUUUUUGUAAUUUUAUAACCUAUAUUUCAAUUUACAAUUAAUUAGGCCAAAAAUAAUAAGCUAAGACUCAACAUUCA